ACUAUGCGUACCUCUGCAGUCACGUAAACACUUUUGAUAGUUAGUAAACUGAUCCCUAGGAAUCAGAUGCUGUUGAUUAUAAGAUUCCAGGCAUGAUGAGGUCUUCAGCAGCCGUCUUCUUCAUGAUCUUAGGUUUGGUUAUCCGAACAGUAGCUCCAUCUGCACCGUUCCGCAUCCCCGACGUAGAAGACAACAUGAUUCCAAGAACUUUUGACCCGUUUCCAAGCCUUCGGAUCGUCAACGGUGACCCGUCAAAGCCGUACACUCGUCCAUACCAGGCAUCUUUGCAAGUUUGGUUCAACAAUCGUUUGUACCAUCUGUGUGGGGCGGUGGUCAUUGGCCGUGACCUGUUAGUGUCUGCCGCUCACUGUCUCAGUGUCUUCCCUGUUGAAUGGCUGAGAGUUGAGGUUGGAUCCACCAGUCUGGCGUCUAAUGCUACAGCGUACAGCCAGGUUUUAGAGGUAGGGGCCGUCAAGCCCCAUGAACAGUUUACAGGAGAUGAGGCACAGGGGUAUGCCUACGACAUUGGGCUCGUACGACUGAAGAAGCGCAUGACUUAUAACAAAGCCGUACAGCCAGUCAAGAUAGCCCCGCCUGGGAAAACGUUUGACGACCAAAUUUGCGUCAUUUCCGGUUGGGGCCGCACGUCUUUUAACUCCCCUACACCUACGGAACUUCGAGAAGCCAACGUGUUGAAAUGGACCUACCGAGCCUGCUACAACUUUCAUCAACAGUUCAACGUGUCUAUAGACAAAAAUCACGUGUGCGUGGGAGGCCUUAGUGAUGACGAGACUCCAGCUGGCGCUUGCUCCGGUGACAGUGGCGGACCUCUGGUUUGUGGUUCUCAUAAGCGAUAUUUGUUGGGCGUUUCAUCCUAUGGGUUCGAGAAGUGUAAUGUGACUUACCCAUCAGUGUACAGCAGAGUCUCAGGCUUUACCAGAUGGAUAAACAAGAACAAACAUUCGGGCAAAAGUUAUAAACAUGAUGAGUGCACUUCCCUUGCAAGGAAAAUGAUUUGGUUUUCAGGUCUUCUGUUUCUCGUUGCUACAGCUGCGGCUGGAUCCAUUCCAGUCAAAGCGUACCUCCCAGCUGAGCAGGAACCAGAGUUGGAGAGGACGUUCGUGGAAGGUCCCGGAUCCAGGAUCGUCAAUGGCGUCCCUUCAGAGCUCUUCUCACGCCCGUACCAGGCGUCUCUCCAGGUCUUCUACCGCAAUGCAUGGUACCAUAACUGUGGCGCGGUCAUCAUAGCAAGAGAUUUGUUAGUCACUGCGGCCCAUUGCUUGAUGUCAUUCCCCCCAAAUCGGAUGAGGCUAGAGGUCGGCUCGAUGGAUUUAACGGCUCCAGUCCUGAAGUACACUCAGUUUCUCAACAUUUCUGCCGUCAAACUACAUGAAGACUUUCUCAUUGAUGAAAGUGUUGGCUACCCAAACGAUAUUGGGCUGAUCUUUCUGAGCACGCCAAUCACGUACAACGACAAUGUACAGCCCAUAAAAAUAGCUCCACCUGGUUUGAGUUUCGACAACGAAAUCUGCGUCAUUUCCGGUUGGGGACGCAUCUAUGGCGGUGGCCCAGUUUCCCCAGUGCUGCUCCAGGCCAACAUGAGAAAAUGGACGUACGAACAGUGCUACGCUGUCAACAAGGAAUCGAAUAUGAUCAUCAACAGAAAUCACGUCUGUGUGAAGGGAGAAAGUGAUGACGGACACACGCCGGGAGGAUGUAACGGCGACAGUGGAGGACCUCUGACGUGCAAACACCAAAACAAGCUCUAUCUCCUGGGUGUCACAUCUUAUGGCUGGGAUCCAUGUGACACUAACUAUCCCUCAGUGUACACAAGAGUUCCAGGCUACAUUAACUGGAUUAACAAGUACAAAAACUUGUUUGACAGUCAGGCAGAGAAUUAUUGA